AAGAUGACCGCGGGCUCCGGCGUGCUCCUCGUGCUGCUCUCGCUCUCCGGCGCGCUCCGGGCCCAUAAUGGGGAUCUUACAGCCCGGGAGACCUGCAAGGCUGGAUUCUCCGAAGAAGACUACACGGCACUGAUCUCGGAGAAUAUUCUGGAAGGAGAGAAGCUUCUCAAAGUCUCGUUCAGCAGCUGUCUGGGGACCAAGGGGACCCAGUAUGAGACCAACAGCGUGGACUUCAAAGUGAGGGCGGACGGGACCGUCUUUGCCACCCGGGAGCUGCGGAUCCCCUCCGAGCAGGUGGCCUUCACCGUGACCGCGCGGGACGGCCAGACGGCCAAGCGAUGGGACGCCGUGGUGCGGCUGUUGGUGGCCCAGCCCUCGUCUGCGCGCCCGGCACACAAGAAAGGGAAGCCGAGUGCAGGUCUGGACGCCUCUCAGCCUCCGAAUGACACGCUGUUGCCGUGGCCCCAGCACCAGAAUGCCAACGGGCUGAGGAGACAGAAACGAGACUGGGUCAUCCCACCCAUCAACGUGCCGGAAAAUUCCCGCGGGCCCUUCCCACAGCAGCUGGUGCGGAUCCGGUCCGACAAAGACAACGACAUCCCCAUCCGGUACAGCAUCACGGGGGUGGGUGCCGACCAGCCCCCCAUGGAGGUCUUCAGCAUCGACUCCAUGUCUGGACGCAUGUAUGUCACUAGGCCCAUGGACCGGGAGGAGCGAGCCUCCUACCACCUCAGAGCCCACGCCGUGGACAUGAACGGCAACAAGGUGGAGAACCCCAUCGACCUGUACAUCUACGUCAUCGACAUGAAUGACAACCGUCCCGAGUUCGUCAACCAGGUCUACAACGGCUCUGUGGACGAAGGCUCCAAGCCAGGCACCUACGUGAUGACGGUCACGGCCAAUGACGCUGACGACAGCACCACGGCCAACGGGAUGGUGCGGUACCGGAUCGUGACCCAGACCCCACAAAGCCCAUCCCAGAACAUGUUCACCAUCAACAGCGAGACGGGGGACAUUGUGACGGUGGCAGCUGGCCUGGACCGAGAGAAAGUGCAGCAGUACACAGUCAUCGUCCAGGCCACAGACAUGGAAGGGAACCUCAACUACGGCCUGUCGAACACGGCCACGGCCAUCAUCUCGGUGACGGACGUGAACGACAACCCGCCGGAGUUCACCACGAGCACGUACGCAGGGGAGGUACCCGAAAACCAGGUAGAGGUGGUGGUUGCAAACCUGACCGUGAUGGACCGAGACCAGCCCCACUCGCCAAACUGGAACGCCUUCUACCGCAUCAUCAGCGGGGACCCUUCGGGGCACUUCAGCAUCCGCACGGACCCCGUCACCAACGAGGGCAUGGUCACCGUGGUCAAGGCAGUCGACUACGAGCUGAACAGAGCGUUCAUGCUGACCGUGAUGGUGUCCAACCAGGCGCCCCUGGCCAGUGGGAUCCAGAUGUCCUUCCAGUCUACGGCAGGGGUGACCAUCUCCGUCGUGGACAUCAACGAGGCGCCCUACUUCCCCUCGAACCACAAGCUGAUCCGCCUGGAGGAGGGCGUGCCCACCGGCACCGUACUGACCACGUUUUCGGCGGUGGACCCCGACCGGUUCAUGCAGCAGGCCGUGAGAUACUCCAAACUGUCGGACCCAGCAAACUGGCUGCACAUUAAUGCCACCAACGGUCAGAUCACCACGGCAGCCGUCCUUGACCGCGAAUCCCUCUACAUCAAAAACAACGUCUACGAGGCCACCUUCCUGGCAGCUGACAACGGGAUCCCCCCUGCUAGUGGCACCGGGACCCUCCAGAUCUAUCUAAUCGACAUCAAUGACAACGCCCCCGAGCUGCUGCCCAAGGAGGCACAGAUCUGUGAGAAGCCCAGCCUGAACGCCAUCAACAUCACCGCGGCCGAUGCCGACGUUGACCCCAACAUUGGUCCCUAUGUCUUCGAGCUGCCCUUUGCCCCGGCCGCCGUGCGGAAGAACUGGACCAUCACCCGCCUGAACGGUGACUAUGCUCAGCUGAGCCUGCGUAUCCUCUACCUGGAGGCUGGAAUGUACGAUGUCCCCAUCAUCGUCACAGACUCCGGGAACCCUCCGCUGUCCAACACGUCCGUUAUCAAGGUCAAGGUGUGCCCGUGCGACGAGAACGGCGACUGCACCACGGUUGGCGCCGUGGCGGCGGCCGGUCUGGGCACCAGCGCCAUCGUGGCCAUCCUCAUCUGCGUCGUCAUCCUGCUCACCAUGGUCCUGCUGUUCGUGGUGUGGAUGAAGCGGAGGGAGAAGGAGCGCCACACCAAGCAGCUGCUCAUCGACCCCGAGGACGACGUGCGUGACAACAUCCUCAAGUACGACGAGGAAGGGGGCGGCGAGGAGGACCAGGACUACGACCUCAGCCAGCUGCAGCAGCCGGAGUCCAUGGAGCACGUGCUGAGCAAGGCCCCGGGGGUGCGGCGGGUGGACGAGCGGCCCGUGGGCGCCGAGCCUCAGUACCCGGUCAGGCCCGUGGUGCCGCACCCGGGAGACAUCGGGGACUUCAUCACCGAGGGCCUCCGAGCCGCCGACAAUGACCCCACAGCUCCCCCCUACGACUCCCUGCUGGUCUUCGACUACGAAGGCAGCGGCUCCACCGCGGGCUCCGUCAGCUCCCUCAACUCGUCCAGCUCCGGGGACCAAGACUACGAUUACCUGAACGACUGGGGGCCCAGGUUCAAGAAGCUGGCGGACAUGUACGGAGGCGGCGAGGAGGACUGAGCCGCAGAGGGGGCCUGUGGGAGGCGCCGGGCUGCCCGGCUCCCCGCGGACGUGUCCUUUAG